AUGCCUGUUACUGAUGGUGAAAAGGCCUCAGGCAAGGACAAGGGCGAUAUCUACGCUAUCAUCACCAAACUCAUAUUUGCCAAACACACUAAAUAUGGCCCCGCAUACCAUCACAAUCCGAAGAAAUUUUGCAAUUCAGUCGCAAACCACAUCGUGGGUCUCAAAACCAAGUAUAAGAAGCUCAAGGCCAGAUUUAGUGCUACUGGCGCUGGUGUACUGCCCGGUAGUGGGCAUGCAAAUUUAUUCGCUGAAAUCUGCUCUGAAUGGAAGUGGUUUGCGGACCUUGAUAGAAUCUGGCACUCGAACCCUGCAUUUGCAGUAACAUCACAUUUGUCGAGGCCAGGCAUUGAUCACGCUGGCCAAAUGUACUCACUUGUCCAGCUGUCAUCUAGUAUGGCUGCCGCUCGUGUUCGGCCUCAGCCUUCCGGCAUUGCAAACGCUCAGUCCACCUAUGGCGACCCCCCCACCCAAGUUGAUCCACAAUUCCAGUCUACUCCUGCCCCCCCAUCAUAA